AUGUCGGCCAGCUAUUGGUCUAGCUCGCAACGAUUACAUUGGCAAUUCACCAGAAACGAACUCAAUGAACACAGAGAACAGAUACAAGCAUUGGAAAAGAACUUAAACGUGCCAGGCUCUGAUCUUUCCAGGAUAAAUAUUAAGUAUGACACCAAUAUGAGAAUCUAUCUCCAUAACCUGAUGCAUAAACUGGGAAGAAAACUGGUAUUAAGACAGGUUAUUCUGAGCACAGCUGAGGUAUUUAUGACCCGAUUCUUGCUCAAAGUUUCUAUCAAAGAAGUGAACAUUUACUUGCUGGUGGCAACUUGCAUAUAUGUUGCCUGCAAGAUGGAGGAGUGUCCACAACAUAUACGGAAUCUAGUAAGUGAAGCAAGGAAUUGUUGGCCUGAAUUUAUUCCUAAUGAUUUGACGAAACUGGCCGAAUUCGAAUUUUACCUAAUAGAAGAACUGGACUGUUUCUUGCUGGUUCAUCAUCCAUACAACUCAUUGAUAUCAAUAGUGAAAGAUGUCUUGAAAGAUCCACGGUAUAAUAUUGCCAUCACCACUGACGAAUUGCAAACAUGCUGGUCAAUUAUAAACGAUAGUUAUAUCACGGACAUGCAUCUCUUAUUCCCUCCUCACAUUGUCGCCAUAACAUCCCUUUAUAUGACUUUGGUGACGUUUUCAAAGGAUUCCAAAAAGCUACAGACUUUUGUGAAAUUUCUUGCCCAUUGCAAAGUGGACUUGGACGAGAUCAUAGAAAGCACACAAGAAUUAUUAACACUAUAUGAAUACUGGAAUAGUUAUGACGAACUGAGUCUGAGAAAGGCAGUCCAUCGUCUUCUCCUAACUUUGAACAACAGUAACCAAUAA